AUGUCCACUUCCACGAAUCUAUACCCACAUGUCGGGGAACACGCCCACACUAGCGAGGACGAGCGAACGGUCGAGGAUCGGGUUGACGACCAAGACGACAGCCGAAAGGAUGUGCCGUACGGUGUUCAGCACAUUGAGGCCACGGUACAGACGUUUAGUCGCGUGGAUUACUGGAUCCUGUUCGUCAGCAUCUUCCUGGUGGCCUACGCCCGCGGCUUUGACAACAUGAGCCGCACGCCUUAUCAAGCGGCAGCCCUUAGUUCAUGGGGCAGCGCAGCGCAGACCUCGACGCUUGGAGUUACUCGAGCUGUCGUUAGCGCUGCGACACAGCCAGUCUACGCCAAGCUGUCCGACUUUCUCGGUCGCCCCUUUGUCAUCAUGGUGUUCACCGUCAUCUACGUUGUCGGAUGCAUUGUGCAGGCUACAAGCAAGGGCUUUUCAAACUACCUCGGCGGCUUUGUCCUCUACGUCUUGGCGUUUGCCGGCCAGCAGGUCACGUUUGCGGUGCUCAUCGCGGAUACGACAUCUACUAGGUCGCGCGUUGCCUUUUCACUGGUGCCAUCACUCCACAUCACGAUCAAUGCUUGGGUAUCGGGGACGAUUGCGCAGAAAAUCAUGGCCAAAUCGACGUGGCGCUGGGGCUUUGCCAUUGGCUCCAUUACCGUGCCAAUUCUUACCAUUCCGCUGCUGGCCACACUCCUCAUUGGUAAACACAGGGCUAAGAGGCGUGGCUUGCUUGCAGGUGUACCGCGUCUCACCACUGUCAUGCGCAGUACUUCUGGCUGGAAGGACCUCUUCUGGCGAAGUGACGGCAUCGGCCUGGUCCUCCUCGCUGCUUCUCUCGCCCUGAUGCUCAUCCCCCUGACGCUCGGCGGAGGUUCCAAAUCCAAGUGGGCGCAGGCGCAGCAGAUUGCCCCACUGGCUGUCGGACUGGUGAUUGCGCUCCCCGCGUUUCUGCUCUGGCAGUGGAAGGGCGCGCGGCAUCCGAUCAUUCCAUUCCGCCUUUUGAAGGAGCGCCAUGUGCUGUGUUCGUUUGCCAUCUCGGCGUUGAGUGCCAUUGCCGCGUCGUCGCAGGGUUCGUACCUGUACUACACAUUGCUCGUGUCCUUUAGCCGGUCUGUACAGUCCGCAACGCGGAUUCAGAACAUUUACUCGUUUGUGCGCACUGUUGGUGGCCUGGCAGUCGGCUUUGCCAUCCGCAAGGUGCCUUUCCUCAAGCCGUUCAUCAUGGCCGGUGGACUGGCAUUCAUUCUGGCGUAUGGUCUUCUGUAUCGCUACCGCGGAGGCCACUCCGACUCGGACAUUGCCGGCCUCAUCGCCGCCGAGACCAUCUUGGGCAUGGCGGGAGCUCUCGUGUACUUUCCCGCUCAAACUGCGCUCCAGGUGGUUGUCAAGCACGAGCACGUUGCGACGGCUACGGCGCUGUUUACUGCAUGCUUCUCCGUCGGCUCCGCAAUUGGUUCUGCCAUGACCGGGGCGAUCUGGACGUCAAUGAUGCCGGAUCGUCUCCUCCGUGGUCUCGAGGCUGCCGGCGUCGCUCAGCCUGCAAAGCUUGCCAAGGAAGUCUACGGCAACCCUAUCGGCUGGAUCAACAAGUACCCAGUCGGCACCGUCGAACGCGUCGCCGUUGAGGGAGCGUAUCGUGAAGUGCAGCGAUACAUUUGCAUCUCGGGCCUUGUAGCCGGCGCAGUGAUGCUGGCCUUUAGUUUUGGCCUCUACAACCCGAGGCUUGGAGACAAGCAGAGUUUGGAUGACGAGCAGCUUGAUGCCCUCGGCAUGGGCGAUAGGAGCCGCCAGCCCGUCCACGGGCUCAAGCCGGGCGACGAAUCUAUCAAGAAGUAA